AUGGCCUCUACUGGCACAUCCCAAUCCCUGCGCGACUCGGAACGAGCAGCUCGUACUCGACUUCGCCAGAAUCAGAUACGCGUGUCGAAUAUACUCAAGUUUUACGACAGAAUGCCCUCUCCUCCGAGAUCGUAUCGUUCUUACCAACGGCAUGAGGUCUAUGGACCUUCUGACAUCCCAGCCUGGUUCUGCUCCUCCAUCUGUCUAUCACCGCACUCAGGACUCGGCCAAGAAAAUAGGAGUCUACUGGCUGGAGAGGUUGAGUGUGAGGUGAAGUUAGUCCGUUUGCCGGGCAAGCCCUGCAAAACCUGGGAAGACAUCUUCGUCAAUGAUGACGAUCCAGGUUGGCGCAUCGCGCUGAUGCUCACGGUGGUGUUAUCGCCUGAUUCUGAGGUACUUGUGUGGUGGCGUCACAGCCCUCCUGCUAUUCUCGCCAUCUACGACUCGGCUUGGAAGCCUAAGUAUGAUGACGGACCUUCGUGGUGUCACAUGCUCGACUUUAACGAGCAGACGUCGUUUGUACACACUCGAUUUGGGAUCACCGAGUUGUUCGCGAGGCUAGCGUUGAUGCAUGAUAAUAUUAUAGAGGGUUUAUCACAGAACAUGCUUCUCUGGGCAAAUUCGGUCUCGCUCGUUUGCAGUGCCCAGCGUUAUCUCGCUAACAGCCUUCCUCAAACACCACCACGCCCAUCGGCAGAACUAAUAGAUGAUCACGCUCUGCAUAUCAAUGCGGCCAUCGAAGACAAGCAUAGAGAACGAGACAUAGAGCGACGACUCAGAGAGAAGGGUACGUUGGGCCACACGACGAUCCUCAACUCGGUUGCCGCUGUCGCUAAUUACUGUGGCGUUACUAAGGGUCUAAUUGGCAGUGGGGAUGGAUUCAUAUAUAAGGGGCCUUCUUUCACCCUUUUCCCUACCUCUGUUGCUCUCGACCUCCGUCUAAUCAUAAAUACAGCAUUGGGCAGUCGCACUUCGACAUACCCUUUGAUUUUCUACCCUUUAGCUCUUUCUACAAUCCUGGCUGCACAAGCAUAUACAAGCAUUGGGCAGUCGCACUUCGACAUACCCUUUGCUCUGCCACCCGGAUUACACGAACUGCACCAGCUCCUCGACCUCCAUUGUCACGUACAUACGGACCGAGACCACGCAAUCCCUCACGAGCUGCAAGCCAUGUCUGAUAGGCAGACAUAUCCGGAGUAUACCACCAUGUCGAAGUCGGGGUAA